UAGACAAACAGCAAUCUGUCUGCUUUCUGCAUAGCAAUGGGAUAAGCUCGGCUCGUUCUAUCUCACAGUGAAAUCUCAUCUAAUAAUUUAGUUGGCUCUUCAAAAGGUGAUAUGAUUGUCCAUCUAAAAAAAAAAGGCGAUAUGAUAAUCUCUUCUCUCUCUAGUUGUUGAACUACUUUGUUGCAAGUUUUGCCAUGGAGAACUUCUACUGUUACCUUGCUUUCUUCCUCUCUGUUGUUUUUUUCAUCAUCAAACUUCUACACUCACACAACCAAAAAUUACCGCCGACUCCAUUUGCUCUGCCAAUAAUCGGACAUGCCCACCUCCUUAAACAACCUCUCUACCGAACACUAGAGACCCUGUCAUCGCAGUAUGGUCCAAUGCUUUACCUUAAAUUUGGUUCCCGGUCUAUCCUCGUACUAUCUUCUCCUUCCCUUGUUGAAGAAUGCUUCACCAAGAAUGACGUAAUAUUUGCAAAUCGCCCCCGCACAAUGGCCGGAGAUCAUUUCACUUACAACUUAACUUCUCCUGUCUGGGCUCCAUAUGGCCACCUGUGGCGAAACCUCCGCCGCAUCUUGGCCGUUGAGAUCUUCUCCCAGAUCAACCUCCAGAGGUCUUCCAUCGUCCGACAAGAAGAAGUUCACUCCCUUCUCCGCCAAAUAUUCAAAGUCUCAAACAGAGGACCCCAAAGGUUGGAGUUAAGGUAUUUGUUCUCACUCUUGAUGUUCAAUAUAGUGAUGAGAAUGGUUGCUGGCAAGCCCUGUGUCGGAGAGGAGGAGGCGGCGGCAAGCAUGGAUGUGGGAAAGCAACAUCUCAAAGAAUUCAGGGAGACUUACGCUGCUAACUUGUCUAUGAAUAUAUGUGAUUUCUUUCCGAUUUUGAGGUGGGUUGGUUACAAAGGGUUGGAGAAGAGUAUGAUCAGGCUGCAGAAGAAGAGAGACAAAUUUUUCAGGGUUUUGAUAGAAGAGAUUAAGCAAAAGAAAGCUAGUUCCUUGAAUACCACUACUAUAACGGACGUGGAAAAGAAGAGAACGCUGAUUGAAACUCUUUUGUCUCUUCGUGAAUCAGAACCUGAACUAUGUUCAGAUGAUGUCAUAAAAAGCCUCGUUUUGAUUAUGUUUGUUGCGGGAACAGAUACAUCAUUAACAACCAUGGAAUGGGCAAUGUCACUGCUUCUGAAUCAUCCAGAUGCAUUGCAGAAGUUUAAAGCAGAGAUCGACAGCCAGGUUGGACAUGGGCGCUUGCUAAAUGACUCUGAUCUUCCCAAGCUUCCCUAUCUUCGCUGUGUCAUCAAUGAGGCACUUAGACUAUAUCCUGCAGUGCCACUUUUGUUACCUCACUUUUCCUCAAAAGACUCCACUUUGGGGGGGUUUCAGAUACCAGGAGGGACGAUUUUGUUGGUGAAUGCAUGGGGCAUUCAUAGGGACCCCAAGCUGUGGGAGGAGCCCGACAGGUUCAAGCCAGAGAGAUUCGAAGCAUUCGACAGAGAAAGAGAGAGGUUCAAAUUCAUUCCGUUUGGAACAGGGAGGAGGGCAUGCCCCGGCGCCGGCAUGGGCGUGCGGACAAUGUCAUUGGCAUUGGGUGCACUCAUUCAGUGCUUUGAUUGGGAAAGGGUUGGAAAGGAGAGGGUGGACAUGAGCCCAGGUUUAGGAUUUCUUCUGUCAAAGGCUGAGCCUUUGGAGGCUGUUUGUAGUCCACGCCAAUCCAUGACUACCAUCCUCUCUCAACUUUGAUUAUAUGAUAUCUGUGCCUAAUUUCUACUGAUAGUUAAACAUCUUUUCUUUUGUCC